AUGAACCCAGGCGAAAGUGGCCCGGCUCCUAGGCCAAAGCCAAACAAAACCAUAUUAGUGCCUCAAGAGUUCCGUCGUCCCACUCAUGCCAGAGAGUGCGACAACAUCGUCAACGAGGUUAAGGUCAGAACUGGUUGUGCAGUCAUUCCGCAAUGGGAUGAUGGGAGGAUCUACCAGUUCGGCAUCGCUGGAGGAGGCGCAGGACUGGAAAAGGCGGUCCGAUAUAUCAAUCAGUGGAUUUCCAACGCGCACGUCAAAUCGAAAGAUUCCUCAGCGUGGGCAAAGAUGCCGGCUUUCGAUCCGAACAAGUGGUACUACGAGCAAAUUGAAGAAAUGGAGCGACAACGCAAAGAGGCGUUCAGAGGAACAGCGCCCAAAGUGUCAGAAGGCGGAACACCGCUACAGUGCUUAACCAUACAUUGGCCAGAGGAUCUGAUCAAUCUGAACAUAACUCCUCGCGAUGUCUUCGGCAACAAGUUGGAAAAGCUGGAUGCUAUCCGGACUUACGACGAGGUUUUCAUAUCGAUUCUCUCUGCUCAGGGCGAUAUCGGGCAGAUAGAGAUACAAGCGGUAGACAUAGCGAACAUAGAAGCAGCCGAGGCGCAUCUCAAGACGAUGAUUGACAAAGUCAAAGCUGAAGAGAUGGGACAACAUCAUACGCUCAACAUGAUCCUUGAUGAUCAAGAGGGGAUGGAAGUCGAGCUGAAAAAGGCUGACACUUGGUGGCCGAACCUACAAGACCGAGUCGUACCCCACCUCCUUCCCAAUAAUAUGAUGGACCCUCCUGGACGUUUUCGCGGUGCUUUCAUGCACUCCAAGCAGCUCUCGAAGAUCCAGCGUUCUGUUCAAUUAGCUCUUGACGCCGUGCGUCACAAGAAAGGCGCUUACGAUAUGACCAUCUGUCUAGGGUCUCUAGCACUGAAUUCGAGGCAUAUCAGAGAGAAUGGAAUUGGCAAAAAGUACAGCAAGGAUGUCUUCUUAAAGUCGAUCAAUGGAUCGGUGGGCCUUGAAGUAAAGAAGUGGCUUGUCGACGAUGUAUUGGGCUGCCAGAUACUGAAGUCUUUCUUCACGGCUGACGACUUCCUCGAACCUACAAAGUCUUCAGACUAUUUCGGCUAUAUGCCCAAAUCUCUUCAAGGAACCCGCCCUAUGUUCCGAGGAACAUGGGUGUUCGCAGAUCCCAGCAUUGCUACUGCUCAUCCGCCUCAGGCUACAGCUACCCGCCAUCCCGGUCGACCCAAUCCAUCCUACCAAAAGCCUGCUGCUACCGCGAGUUCGACACCAGUACCGGCGGUACAGUCCAGCCUUAUCGUGGUUCGAGUUGAUUGGACGGACGACGAAGAAGGGUUGUACGAGAAGACCACUACACGAUUCUACAGGACAGAACAAGGUAAACUAGGUCCAACGAAGAAUAUGGACAUCAACCUGCUUGAGUUAGGAGAGAGCCAAGGAUGGCACUUUGCCCUCGAAUCAUUGACCCCCGUGGCAUCAAAAAGCAUUUCGCCUGUGAUAACUGGUUUCGCCGAGCGAGUUAAGAUGAGGCCCAACCAUGACCAUCGUUCCAGUGAAAGCUUCGCUGAGUGGGAGCAGACACCGACUGUCAAGAAGUAUCUGCGCACUGGUCGUUUAGAUACUAUCUACUCUUUCGGAAUUAAGCAAACAUGCUACAAAGUUGAGGUCACCGGCAUGUGGUACCCGGGACAGAAGCUACCUGUCUGGGGUCUCUCUAUUCGUCAUCUAGAAUGGGCGACUCAUCUCGCAGAGCUCGAGCGACUGCCUAUUGAUCGCGAGGCUGACUGGGGUAAUACCAUCGCUGCCUUCUUACCAGACGACGGACAUUCAGAUUGUUCUAGUGCCACCGAGCGUUCUUGGAUGACGGAAACGUUACCGAAAGAUGAAGACUUCGGAAUAAGAGACCUCAAUCUGGGCUCUGGUGUCGAAGCACCACCACCACGCGACGGUAUCCGCAUCCUUAUGGACAAGCUACUUCAGCUCUCAGCUAUCGUCAGCUCAGUCACCGAGACUUCCGCGGCGAUGGCGGGAAGGAGCUCGAGCUAG